CUAAACCGAGACCCGGUGAUUUAAUCGGGUCGGAUAAUUUGAUCCAGACGGAGCAGACUUGAUCGGGGGAACCUGGGCGUGUGUCUGUCUUGUGUUCAAUUUUGGUUUUGGGGAUCAUCAUUGAAAGACGAAAGAAGCUAUGUCGAGGCUAUGGGCGAGAUUUGCGGGAUUAUUCAGUAGCAAGAGUUUCAUCGGAGUAGACAAGACUGGUAACAAGUAUUUUUCCAGAUUCGAAGAGAUUGACGGAUUCGCUAAGGAGAAAAGAUGGGUUGUCUUUAGACGAGAACAGGACCCAACUUCUAUUCCUGUUGAAUGGAUAUGUUGGCUGAGUGGGCAACGCAAAAAGGCUCCUACUCCAGAGGAAAUGGUUGAACUUGAAGCAAGGCGUGAACGUGUGAAGCUUAAUGUUGCUCUUCUCAAGAAAGAAGAGGAGGAGAGGAAAGCUAGAGAAGGCACUGGACGCAAAGUCAUGGCCAUCGGUAAAGUUGACGGUCCAGAUUUGACAAGCUUUGUUCGCCAAUUUCCACCGGAUUCUAAAGGUGAUAUACCAGAGGAAGCUAGUGAAGAAGCAGAUAAAUCAAGGGUCAAGGAACAUGAACCCGAGAUAGUUACGGCAGAACCACCAGAACCAAAGACAACAGAACCAUCAGGUUCUGGAUCAUCAUUUAGGCCCGGGACAUGGCAGCCACCAUCCUAAGCUCACCCCUCAGCACGCAGAUAACAAACCAGCAGAACAUUUUUCGUGCCUAACUAUUUGUUUGUUGUACUCUACACAAACCGAUUGGUUUGAGUCUUACAGAUGAACCACCAUAGACGAGAGAGCUUUUGAGAACCCUAAAUACAGUAUGUGGCCUUUCACGCUGUCAUUGAGGAGUUAGAAGAGUCAGAAUGAGAAGCCAUCUUCUUAUGCUUUGUUAUCUAUAGGGUGUUUGUCUCUUUGCAUAGUGCUCGAGACUUUUAGUUGCCUUGUCCUUCAUAGCUGAAGAAAGAGAUGAUUUUUUUUGGUAGUAUGAAGAAAGAGAUGAUUGAUCUUGAGAUGAAAUAAACUAUGAUCAAUCAGUCAUGAUGUUUAUUUUUUUUCUAUGGAAUAUUAUUGUUUAUUUUUGAGAUAAACUA